UUAGUCUCUUAGAUACCAGCAUCGUCAGUACUGUCAUGGAGACCUUAUCCUUCAAACCACAACGCCAAAGCACCAGUGCUCCUGGAUCACGGCUGCUCGGGCGAUGCCGGAGCAUUUCAGGGAGGUGGCGGCGAAGGCAGAAGUACACCACAUUGCAGCAAUGCCGCUGCCAAUCGCAGCAGGAUUCUUCCAUGGAGAGAGCACGGCAUCAUCCUGAUGAGGCAGACAGCCGCCUGAGCCGAAGCACCGGCAUUUUCCACCCAUCUAUAUGGCGUGAUUUCUUCCUUGGCUACUCUAACCCAGACAAUUCAUUUCAGCAACUACAGGCUUGGAUGGAUCGAGCAGAUAAACUCAAGGGAGAAGUGGCCCAAAUGAUCGUAGCAAGUUCAACUACUGGUGACCUGCAUGGGAGGCUGCUUCUCGUCGAUGUAUUGGAGCGCCUGUGCUUGGAUCACCUGUUCGAAGAAGAGAUCAAUGCUGAAUUAGCACAAAUUGAGGCUGCUGAUGUUAGAGACUGUGACCUUGGUACAGUGGCUCUCUGGUUUUAUCUACUUCGGAAACAUCGAUAUUGUGUUUCACCAGAUGUGUUUGUAAGGUUCAAAACUGUGGAGGGAGGUUUCUUAGGAAACAAUCCUAUAGACCUACUGAACCUCUACAAUGCUGCGCAUCUCAGGACCCAUGGGGAGAUAAUACUUGAUGAAGCCAUACUAUUCACAAGAAGGCAUUUAGAAAUAAUAUUGCCCUUUGUGGAAGGGCCAUUAGCACGUGAAAUAAAAUCCACACUUGAGAUCCCACUCCCUAGAAGGGUUAGAAUCUAUGAGUCAAAGUAUUAUAUCUCUACAUAUGAGAAAGAUGCUACACUACAUGAUAAGGUACUGCAACUCGCAAAGUUAAAUUCAGAUAUUAUGCAGCUCCAUCACCAGCAAGAGUUGAGUAUCCUUACAAGAUGGUGGGAGGAUAUAAGGAUGGAGUCGAUGAUCCCUUUUGCUCGAGAUAGAAUUGUGGAGUGCUUUUUGUGGAUCUUAGGGGUAUACUUUGAACCAUGUCAUUCACGGGCCCGAAUAAUAUUGACAAUGAUUAUUGCCAUUGUGACCCUUUUGGAUGAUAUUUACGAUUCUUAUGGAUCACCAAAAGAAUGUGACAUACUUACCAAUUGCAUUGAAAGAUGGGAUCCAAAGGCCGCUUAUGAUCUCCCAGAGUGUAUGAGAAUUGCUCUGGGGAAAAUAUUGGAUAGCUAUGAAACCAUUGAAAAUAUGCUUCACCAAGAGGAGAAACAUCGCAUUCUGUAUCUAAGAUACUUUACAGAAGAUCUUGUUAGAAGCUUCAACAUGGAGGUAAAAAUGCUCCAGGAAGGAUAUAUUCCAAAGUCUGUUGAAGAGCAUCUAAAGGUUUCACUAAGAACCGGUGGAUGUCCCAUUUUGUCGUGUGCUUCCUUCGUUGGGAUGCAUGAUAUAGCGACAACUGAUUUCUUUAAUUGGGUUUCUAGUGUACCUAAAAUGGUCCAGGCACUUUCCAUUAUUCUCAGACUAGUAGACGACCUCCAGUCAUAUGAGCGAGAGCAAUUGAUCCCUCAUGUUGCUUCGACAAUCGAUAGCUACAUGAAGGAGCACAAUGCCUCGAUUGAGAUGGCACGCGAGAAGAUACUCAUACUGAAAGAGGAGUCAUGGAAAGAUUUUAACAGCGAGUGGCUGAACCCCAACAAUGUCUACCCAAAGCAGCUAUUGGAGAGGAUAUUCAACUUGACGAGGACAAUGGAAUUCAUGUACAACCAAGAGGACAAUUUCACAAACUGCACCAACCUAAAGGAUACCAUCCAUUCGCUGUUCGCGGAACCAUAUACAAAGCUUAUUUAGGAUUUGUGUGAGCACACAACCAAUCAAUUUGUACAAGAUCUGAUUCACAAGUCACAACACAUGAGUUACGAUUUGAUUCACAACACGCGGUGGAUUCACUAGCAAAAAUCACAAACAAAUCAUUCAAAAAAGAGGUGAAUCAAAUCUGGCAGCUCGCGUGGUAGCUCGCGCCGCGCCGGGCCACCUGUGGCCGCACCGCGCCGGGCAGCUCCGCCCACACCGGCCAUCUCGCGGGGAGGGAGCUGGGAGGAGGAGGUCAGGGAGGUGGGGAGGGAGGGAGCAGAGGGAGGAGCGCCGGCCAUUUGCAUGUGCUGA